AUGAUAACGGAUUGGCGCUAAUAACGAUGUCAACAACUGCAACAGAGGAACAAUUUUCUAACGAAAGUGAUUUCGUUCUGAAACCAAAUAAAUAUGCAUUCCUCAAUGCUAAGUGCUUGCUUCAAAGGUGUACUGAUAAUGACUACAACAUCUAUGAUCAUCUUGUUAGUAUACUACGUACAGUUUUAAGAGGCGGUAGUGAUGAUUCGCUGACUGAACUGGAAAAUUUAAGCCGUAAAUUGAAAAAGUACAAAUGUUCUGCGAGCACGCGAUUGAUGAGAAAUGUUGAAGAGAAAUCUGCUGAAUUAGAUUUGGCAGUGCUUCGCAGACCAUAUUUUUCGUACAAUCCUAAAGAAAACUUCAGACUUCAAAAUUUUCCUGAUUUACCCAAACUGUUCUUUGCAUUAGAACAAGCUGGAAUAGGUUUUCCACAGGAAGAAGUCAUCAACCUCUCGUUGUCUGUACGUAACUUUUUAAAAAGUGUACCCUCCAACAGUGUCAGAUUUUGGGGAAAGUAUUUGGGAACUUGUAAAUGUUACUACAUAUUGGAGGUGGAAGAAUUGCAGCCAGCUGUCAAGCCUCCUGAUUCGUUUAAAGUUCAGACCAACUUGAUGGAAAGUGAGAGCACUGCAAGGUCAGAUGUUGCACUUAGUGAAAGGCUUGCGGUACUGGAUUUGGAUCCCCUUCCAAAAUCUGAAUGGAAAUCACAGCCAUCUAUACCACCUGAAGAAAGUGGAAAGGGAACCAAUAGAAAAGCAUAUUACGUAUGUAAUAUUCUUGGGGAGAAGUGGAUCAGACUACCGGAUGUCACUCCAGAACAGAUUGUUACCAGUCGUAUGAUAAAAUACUUUUGCACUGGAAACUUGGAGGCUGAAAUUAAUUCAUACCCAACAUUUCCAGGAACCGAGAAGAACUUUCUCAGAGCACAAAUAGCACGCAUAUCUGGAUCAACGAUAAUCUCCCCAAUAAACUAUUACCAGUUCAAUGAAGACGAAGAAGAGGAAAUGGAGGAAGAUGCUUCACGUGAGAAUUUCGUCGAAAACUCUGAAUACGAACCUAUGACUAUUUAUGAUUUAACUGAUCCUAGUCUAUCCAACUGGGUCCACCAUACUGCCUACAUAUUACCCCAAGGUCGGACAGUGUGGUGGAAUACAGCAACCAAAUCGAAUGAUGAUUUAGAUGAUGAAUUGUCUGAAGAAGAAGAAGAGGAACCUGAUGAACCAGAACCGGAAACAGGACCUCCAUUAUUGACUCCAUUAUCGGAAGAUGCAGAAAUUGGCAGUAUUCCACCAUGGUCAACUCGUAUUACAUCACAGUUAAUACCACAUUAUGCCUUUGCUGUACUGUCUUCAAACGUUUGGCCUGGUGCAUAUGCUAUAGCACAAGGCAGAUUCUUUGAAAAUAUAUACAUAGGAUGGGGAUUGAAAUAUACCGGCACGAAUUUUAAUCCGUAUACAAUUCCUAAGCUAUUUGAUGAAUUCCCUUCAGGAUUAGAAAUUACAGAGGUUGAUGAUCCAACACCUGAAGAAGAAGCCGCUUGGAGGGCUGCACAAGCUGAAGCUGCUCAACGUCAAGCUGAAGAAGGUCAAGAAGAAGAGGAGGAGGAGGAAGAGGAAGAAGACGAUGGUAGUGGGGGUGAAAAGGAUGACGAUGAUGAGGAGUAGAGAAAUUACCAUUUUACAAUAGGCUGGAUUUUACUAAACACACAUGGGUGUAAAACAUUCCAAAACAUAUCAGUUUUUUAGACAUUCCAUAUGUAUGAAUUUUAUAUGCUAUAAAG